AACCCUCCAUCUCCAUAACUGUCUCUUACUUUUCUGCAGAAAAUCAUACGCUUCUUACAUUCCUCGAAAUCACAGAAUUUACGGCGGUAAUCAUACAGCAAAAGGAGAUGGCAGGUGGAUCAGAUGCGGUGGAGAGCACGGCCUUAUCUUGUGCUAGAUGUGGCAAACCUGCGCAUCUGCAGUGCCCCAAGUGCGUAGAACUAAAGCUUCGCCGUGAAGGUGCUGCUUUCUGUUCCCAAGAGUGUUUCAAGGCAUCCUGGAGUUCCCAUAAAUCUGUUCACUUGAAUGCAAAAUCUUCUUUAAUUGCAUCUGAAAGUUAUAGUGAACAGAAUUUGGGUCUGCCGGGUGACGGCUGGCUCUACUGCUUGAGAGAAGGACAAGCACAGACACCAAAACUUCCACAUUUUGACUGGACCGGGCCAUUAAGACCAUAUCCAAUAUCACAGAAACGUAUAGUACCUACUCAUAUUGAUCAACCUGACUGGGCAAUUGAUGGAAUUCCUAAAAUUGAGCCCAAAAGUGAUCUGCAAUAUGUUGUGGAGAUCAAAACUCCAGAUCAAAUUGAGAGAAUGAGAGAAACUUGCCUGAUUGCAAGGGAAGUUUUGGAUGCUGCAGCUCGGAUUAUACAACCUGGAAUUACUACUGAUGAAAUUGAUGCUGUGGUUCAUGAAGCAACAGUUGCUGCUGGAGGAUAUCCAUCUCCAUUAAAUUAUAAUUUCUUUCCAAAGUCUUGCUGCACGUCGGUUAAUGAAGUUAUCUGCCAUGGGAUUCCUGAUGCAAGGAAAUUAGAGGAUGGAGAUAUUGUAAAUGUUGACGUGACUGUGUAUUAUAAAGGGGUACAUAGUGACUUGAAUGAAACAUUCUUUGUGGGUAAUGUUGAUGAAGCAUCCAAACGACUGGUUCAGUGUACAUAUGAAUGCCUGGAUAAAGCAAUAGCAGCUGUUAAACCUGGAGUACGUUUUCGGGAAAUUGGGGAUAUUAUUAGCCGACAUGCUUCUAUGUCUGGAUUCUCUGUGGCGAGAUCUUAUUGUGGUCAUGGUAUUGGUGAGCUCUUCCACUGUGCACCAAAUAUACCCCAUUAUGCAAGAAAUAAGGCUGUUGGAGUGAUGAAGGCAGGCCAGACAUUCACGAUUGAACCUAUGAUAAAUUCAGGUGGUUGGCGUGACCGAAUGUGGCCUGAUGGAUGGGCUAAUGUAACUGCAGACGGGAAACGUAGUGCUCAAUUUGAACAUACGCUUCUGGUCACAGAUACAGGAGUUGAGGUUCUAACGGCGCGCCUGCCCUCGUCUCCCAAAGUGUUUCCCUGGCUUAGUCCAUGAAUGGAUUAUUGAUUCAGUGAAGGUGAUUUGUGUGAUAAUUCAAGCAGAGCGUUUUGCAACUAGUUGACGAAGGAAGGUGUUUGUUGUAUUUGUAGUUCUGCAUACUAGCAAAUUUUUUAGUUGAGAUUUUGGAUUUGAUGUGCAACAAUGAAGUUGGUAUUGUGCAGUUUUAUAGAGAGAGAAUGUGCCGAAUAUUUAUUUUCUUCUGAAAAA